AUCACUUAUGAAUCAGCUGAUGACAAGAGUAGACGUUGCGAAUUAGAAAAAAUUACUUUUGUGUUAUAAUUUCAAGUAAAUAUGUCGUUAAAUACAGCGCACGCUAAUGGAGGCGUACUUAUUCACGCUGGAGAAGUUAUUUUGUUAUAUUGCGACAAUGUUUCCAUGGAAUUUCAUGGUCAAGAACAGUCCGCAUUUAUUGGUACAAAACGUGGAAGAUUAUACUUGACAACCCAUAGAAUGAUUUUCAAUGCCAAAAAUACAAAUGAUGAAAUGAAAUCAUUUAGUUUUCCAUUUAUUACAUUGAGCGAAGUUGAAUUAGAGCAGCCUAUGUUUAGCGCAAAUUGUAUCAAAGGAAAAUGUCGAGCUCAGCCUAAUGGAAAUUGGAUAGGGGAAUGCAAAUUUAAAUUAUAUUUCAAGAGCGGAGGUGCCAUUGAAUUUGGCCAGACCAUGUUAAGAGCAGCAGAAUUGGCACAACGUAAUGGGCCCGAUCAUGAUGCACCACCACCAUAUACACCACCAACAACAGGAUGGUAUGCAGCACCUCCAGUAGCUUAUUUAGCUCCAGGAACUAGAAAUUAUGGAUGGAUGCCACCAGGCAAUGUAUUUCCUGAUGCUCCGCCAGCAAAUAGUGUCUUUAUGACCGAGAUGCCACCUCCCUAUCCCGGUAUAAAUUCUCCUUAUCAGGGUUACGCAAGUGGAACACCACAAAACCCGCAAGGUGCAUGGGGUGGUGUCAAUCAACAAUCGAAUUGGGUACCAACGCAACCAAAUGGAGCACCAGGAAUGGCCAAUCCAAAUUACCCUCUUGGAGAUACCAAAGCUGCGGAGGCUACUCAGAGCGCAUACUAUGAUCCCAAUAGACCUCAAUGCGCUUAUGUUCCACCACCUGCAUAUUAUGAAAGCCCUCCAAGCUUUCAACAAGCAACGGGAAAAAAGGAUCAGUGAGAAAUUCUAUCGCCUGGAUAAAAGAAUUAAUGACCGGAAAUGACUCUUUAAAUAAAGCAGUAUUACUGCAUUUUUCUUGUAGCACUGUAUAUGUUACAUUUGCAUCUUAUAUAUAUAAAAAAACAACAGAAAAAACAAGCUGUAUGCAUUCCACUAAAAAUAAUCUGCAUAUUACUUCUUUGCACGUAUGGCUCUGGCAUUGUAAAGCAUUUUUAUCAUAAUUAUUAAUCUGAAUUUGCAAAUUUAUAUAAGAAGAAAAAAAGAGAUAGAGAGAGGGCUCGUUGCAAAAAUGACAAAAAUUUUUGAAUGUAAUAAUAAUACAUAUAGUAUUUAACUAUGGUGUAUAAAAUGUUCUACAAAUAUUUACUAUUAUUUGUUAUAGGUAAAAUAUAUAUGUGAAUUGCUACACAAUAUACACAA